AUGGCACAAUAUUAUACCGAAAUUGACGGAAGUAUGCUAGAAGGGGGUGGUCAAAUACUUCGUACGUCUGUUUCAUUGAGUGCUAUUAUGGGAAUACCAGUGAAGGUGGUUAAGAUACGAGCGAAUCGCAGUAAGCCGGGCUUGGCGGCGCAGCACCUAGUUGGUCUUCGGUUAGUAGCCGAUAUGUGUGAGGGAGAGCUCAUCGGCGGUAACAUCGGUUCCACUGAGAUCAAGUUUAAGCCUGGUAAAGUGAUUAAGGGUGGUCACUACGUAGCUGACACACGCACUGCUGGUUCGGUGAGCCUUCUAAUGCAGAUAGCUCUGCCAUGCGCCUACAUGGCUGACGGGCCAGUGACUUUGGACCUGAAGGGUGGCACCAACGCGGAUAUGGCGCCACAGGUCGAGUACAUGACCGAGGUGUUUAGAAACGCUAUGAAGAUGUUUGGAGCCCCAUUCGAGCUGAGGGUGAAUAGGCGUGGAUAUUUCCCGAAAGGUGGAGGUAUUGUGACGGUGGAAGUAAAUCCGGUGACCAAGUUCAAGCCUAUUCAAAUCACUGAGAGGGGGUACAUCAACGCUAUCUUUGGAUGGAGCUUUGUAGCCGGCACUCUGCCUUUGAGGUGGGCGACUCAGAUGAGCGACGGUGUGAAGGAGAAGAUAUGCAGCGUGUACCCGCGCACACAGAUCACGGCGCUCAAGGAGGACGCCAACGUGGCGCCGCAUAACUGCAGCGGCAUCAUAGUGAUAUGCGAGACGUCGACGGGGUGUCGGCUGGCGGCGGACGGGCUCGGCAAGCGCGGCGUGGACCCGCUGGACCUCGGCCGCACUGUCGGGCUACUGCUCUCUGAGGCCAUACUCAGCGGCGUCUGUCUGGACUCACACCUACAGGACCAAGUGAUACUUUACAUGGCGCUGGCAGACGGCAGGUCCGCCAUACGAGUGGGAGAGAUCACCAUGCACACCAAAACUGUUAUCUACAUUGUCGAGUCUCUGCUCAAGAUAAACUUUGAAGUGACUCAGGAGGAUAAGAUGAAUUUGAUCCAAUGUGAUGGGAUCGGAGUGAACAACAAGAACCCACCGCAAACUGCACCACGUUAA